UUAGUGUGACGUAUAAUCUAGUGGACGGAACGCUUCUUUCAGCAGCAGCAACAGUUAGUCAGCCACCUCGGUAGCUUGCUAAACAAAAUAGCCGAACCCAUAAAACUCUUUAGACGCUUUAGUGUAUAUAAGCCACUGUGUUUUAAACCCUCUUCUGUCGUCUAGUUAGUUAGUUAUCCUAUUUCAUUUCAUAUUUACGGUGUUGUUGUUAUUAUUCAGCUGGCGGGCUGGUUAAGUUAGCAUUAGCCUAGUUACCUAGCAUCUCCGACCAUGAGUUCACUAAAUUACUCUCUUCCUGCUGAAGAAGAGACGGUCUGCUGGACGGAGAAAGAAGCUCUCAUCAAAGAGGAGGAGGAAGAGAAGGAUGUUACAAUACAAAAACAAGUAGAGGGUGAGGCUGUUACAUGGAAAGAAGAAGAGGAAGACGCGUUCAGAGUGAAAGAGGAGGAGGAUGUUACAGUAAAAGAUGAGGAGGAUUCACUUUUUGAAGUGAAAGCGGAGGAGGGGGAGAAUACGGUCUCAUCGGAAGAAGAGGAGGAGGAAACUGGAUAUCUGGGCCCGAUUUCCCAAACGCAAUUUAAGGCAUCCAGUGGUUCUAAAGAUGAACUUAGCCAUAAGAUGGUUUUGAGAAACCGGGCCGUGAUUACCACUGGAGAGAGACGGGACUAUCGUGGAUCCUCUGGGGAGCCUCAACAGCCCCAUGAUGCUGACAGGGCAGAGAAGAGUCUCUCCACGUCAGAACUCCUCAAGAAACACCAGCAGAGAUAGACAGGAAAGAAACCUCACCGCUGCUCUGACUGUGGGAAGAGAUUCACCUCCUCAUCAGGCAUUAAAAUUCAUCAGAGAUUCCACACAGGAGAGAAACCUUAUUGCUGUGGUCAAUGUGGGAAGAGAUUUACCUCCUCAUCAGGCAUUAAAAUUCAUCAGAGAAUUCACACAAGAGAGAAACCAUAUGGCUGUGCUCAAUGUGGGAAGAGUUUUGUUAAUUCUUGCAAUCUGACUGCACACCAAAGAACACACACAGGAGAGAAACCAUAUGGCUGUGCUCAAUGUGGGAAGAGUUAUUUUACAUCUAGCCAUCUGACUGCACACCAUAGAAUACACACAGGAGAGAAACCUUUUAGCUGUGAUCAAUGUGGGAAGAGUUUUGUUAAUUCUUGCAAUCUGACUGCACACCAAAGAACACACACAGGAGAGAAACCUUAUAGCUGUGAUCAAUGUGGGAAGAGUUAUUGUCAAUCUGGCCAACUGACAGUGCACCAAAGAACACACACAGGAGAGAAACCAUAUAGCUGUGAUCAAUGUGGGAGGAGUUUUAGUACUUCUAACUAUCUGACAGUACACCAGAGAACACACACAGGAGAGAAUCCGUUAUGUGAUCAAUGUGGGAAGAGUUUUACUACUUCUGGCUAUCUAACUAUACACCUUAGAACACACACAGGAGAGAAAUCUUAUAGCUGUGAUCGAUGUGGGAAGAGUUUUACUCAGCCAAACAGCCUGAAUAUACACAAGUGGACACACACAGGGGAAGGGAUACUUCCCUUCCCCUGUGUCUCAGAUCUCUGAUUAAACAUAAAAUACAUGAAGGAGUUGUUUCAUGAUAUCAUUGAAAUAAUGUCACAAUGUAGAAUGUUUUAACAUUGUAGUAGGAGUAUUUUAAUGAUGUCAUAAUGUAGAAUGUUUUAACAUUGUAGUAGGAGUAUUUUAAUGAUGUCACAAUGUAGAAUGUUUUAACGUUGUAGUAGGAGUAUUUAAAUGAUGUCACAAUGUAGAAGCCUAAAUGUUUGUCCCCUGUUCUAUUGAUUUCAACAUGAUAUGGAUAUUAGCCCCAGGGGGAAAAUCCAGGCUCUGAAUUGGAAGAGUAUUAUUUAUGUGAUUUAACAAAAAGUUACUAACACAAAUAGAGCUGUGUUGCACUUACCACGUUGGUGACCCACUGGAAUCAAAAUGCAACACUUCAAAAUGUAGCUAGCUGUUUUCUACAAGUUGUCCUCUAAUCAGGGAUGUACACAUUAUUCCCAUAUUCUGUGUGGUUUUUGAGCUGUUAGUUUUAACAGGACGCGUAACCUCAUCUCCCUUCUGUCACAUAAUUAAUUUUGACAUGAUAUCGAUGAGUGAUGACAAAUAAGGGUUGUGUUCGUUUGUUUAGCGACCCCUACAUUUAAAUGCAUCACUCCAAAAUGUAGCUGACUGUUUUCUGCAGGAUGUCCUCUAACCAGUGAGGUGAACAAUAUCUCCCAUUUCCAUGUGUUUUUUUAGUUGUGUUAGUUUCAACAGCACGUACAACCUGAUUUCCCCCCUAAUCGAUAUCAGUGAUUUAUUGCUACUUGUCAAAACAACAGCGUUUCUGGUGCUUGUGCAGUUUAUAAGGAGCUUGUUUUAAAAAAUACAAUUAUUGUGGCAGAUGUUUGUGUAUAUACCACAUGUUAGGUUUUCAAUUGAUCCCAAACUGUUUCUGCAUAUUGGUUAUUGAUUUGGACAUGUUAAAACUGUGUUUUGACAUUGGGGCUAUGCAACCUAGCAACUAUGCAACCAAAUAUUUCAUAUUUACAUUUCAUGUAACAUUUAAUGAAAAUUAUUCAUGCAACCAACUGACAGUUUUUUGGGUACAAUUAUAUUGACAUUGUUGCCCUGUUUUUAGAAUAUCAGGGUUAAUUCUCUCAUGUGCCAAACCAAAUGUACUAGAGCAUGACAUUGGGGACUGGGCCCCGAUCCAACAACAUGCCUAUUAAGUGAACCCUGAAAAGAGAGAGAAGCUCCGCAGUGAGGUGGAAAGUUACUACGGAUAUUGCAGGAGUUUCCUCUUGAAAUCAGACACGUCCGUGGUGAGAACAACCUGGUUGCUGAUUGUCAAAAUGUGGCUGGCAGUCAAAAUGUUUUGCGUUUAGCCAGUGCAUUGCCAUGGAUCACAGUUUAUUUUUACUGCACGUUUUUCCGUAUUGGAGAUGAGUUUUGUUUGGGCUCGUUCCAAGGGGACGAGAGUUCUAGAAGCUAGUCAGUUUUAGGAAGAGGAGAGUUCUAGACGCUAGUGGGUUUUAGGAUGACGAGAGUUCUAGAAGCUAGUGGGAAGCUAUAGAAAGAAAAGUCUUUGUGGGAAUAAUAAAAAUUAAAAAAUAUUGUUUUUAAUUGUUGUUGCCAGUAGACAGACACCAUGUUUAUAUUGGUGACGGUGAAGCAUUGUAGUUGAUUAUAAUGUGAAAUGGAAGUUGUUUUCUGUUGUUGGUGAGCAUUCUCUUAAGGUGUUAGUUAGUCUUUGGUUUUUCCAUUUAUGUUUUGAGGAUGGACUUUAGAACGUAUAGCUCAUUAGCACGUAGGACACACUGAUUGGUGUCACCUCGUUAGUCAGUAUACUAGAGCAUGACAUUGGCGACUGGUUCUUCCUGUCUUUAAGUUUGUUGUGGGUUUUUCUUUUGUUUGCCUUUUCUUGGGCAGAUUUAGUGGGUCUCAUGGUGGGUGUCUUAUGUCCCAGUUGUUGUUACUAGUCAACUUUCAGUGGACACUGUGAGCAAAACUGCAACAUUAUGUUAUAAUACUUUUAUUGGAUCAAAUGGUUGUUUUAUGCAACAGAAUAGAGGGUUCUUAGAACUAUUGUGUCUGUGUGUUCUACUGAGGAUGGGCCUCUGGGAGGAAACACUGACAGGAGAUUUACAAUGUCUUUUGGGUGAUAAAACCUAAAGAGACCGCAUUCCAGAGCAUGAGUUAAUGUUUCUGUUCUAUAUGGUACCAGGGAGAGAUGACCCCAGGGCCAGACCCUGGUCUCUACACAAAGAGUACUGUUUUUACAGCAGAUACUGUCUGCUGAGAAUUAUAAGUAUCUUUCAUACAAAUCUUAACCUUGUGACCCGUUCUAUACAUCUGUUGUUGGUCAUGUAGGUUGAAAGGGGUGUAUCUUGGCUAUAAAAGACCUUUGUACUUUUGUCUCGUGGCUCUCAAUGAAUCAUCUGGGGGUGAUUUGUCGACCAGCCAUCAUUAUCGUAGAGCACUCAAUUGAUUCACUUUAUAUGUGUGCAUUGUAUUGACCUGCUCCCUUAUUAAUAAGUGAAUAAAGGUUUAGUUUAAGAAUAA